AUGCCUGAACAGCCGACUGCCGAGCAAUGGGAGAAGCACAGGCCUCUCAUUACCAAAUUAUAUACUACCAGAACCCUCAAGCACAUCAAGGAUGAGCUGUAUAAAAGGCAUGGAUUCUAUGCGACAGAGCGCAUGUACAAAGGACGGUUCAAGACCUGGGGUAUCGGGAAAAACAAGAAGCGCAAGCCCUUUGAGGCAUCACUACCCAGAGACGUUGACCUGGGGUCGAAUACUGCCGCCGCACCUCCUAGCGAUAUCUCAAGCCCUACCUCUCCAAUCGAACCAGCCAGUUGUUUCUCGCCGGCACUAACGCCAGGAGAGUCUCCUCACGGCGGUCAUCGAGUUUUUGACGCGCGCUCGACAACCUAUGUCGAUACACCACGCCCAGGGACCCUCCCACCGACACCAGCCACGUAUGGAUACAGUUCCCCAUUUGAAGUAAGCCAGAAAGAAGCUAGCAUGACCCCUGACAUGCUUUGCAAAGAAAUCGUGACAUUAGCGACGUUGAUACUCUCGAAACUCGUCUCAGGGCGGCCGCCGACUUUGGCGUGGGACGACUACACCCCCAAGGACGACCACCUCGCGAUAUACCGCACGCUUCAGAAAGAGCUUAAGCAUGAGAGUCAUCUGAGAGGUUGCCUUGUGAACAAUCCAUCAGUUGCAGUCAAGUCGAGAAUGAACGACCAUGUCAACGAGCUGCUAAAGUCAUUUCACCCCGCGGUACCAAUCGGCAUUCUAAGCUCAUUCAACCAAUCGUCGGAUACUGCAGCCAUCAACGAGUUGGCGCACUGUCUAGUGACAUCCUCGACGGCCAUCCUACCGAGAGACCACGAGUUUGUACAAUUAGCGCAGAGAGUAGAACAACUCCUCACAAACACUCUAUUCUCAGAAUUCAAAGCCUGCAUGGAACGCAUUUGCGAUGAUCUGCAAGUCAACGUGCUCAAAGUCCUUGGCAGAUGGAGCUUAGUUAUGAUUUACCUGAUUUUCGUGCUGAACGCCAAAAAAGCAAAAGAUGGACAACAGACGGAUCCCAAGAUCCUGAAUAUGGCAUUGGAGCGGUACACACACGUACAGUGCUCUUACUCAGAUGAUCCGAAGCUGAUUGUUCAAUUUGGACACUUCAUCCUAGGCUACUACGUCCUCGUCGCGUCUGAAGCAGAACUUGCGACCAGUGUGCGCGAUAUGGCAGAGCAAUGCUACAACCGCGCUGAGGCGUACCUCUCGGAGCAGGAGUCUUCGCCAAACUCCAAAUACGCAGAUAUUCAAGAUGCAAAGUCCCAUUUCGGAAAAGCAUGUGCCGUUCUGGCCGACUGUCGCUAUGCACAAGGCUCGCAGCAAGCGGACAAGAUGCUUCGCGACGAGAUCCACGACUGGUCGCGGAGACUUUUGCUCGUGUCGAUAGGGUGUCACGUUGAUACGGACAUGGCGACGAUGGCGCAGUUUGAGAGACAGAAGAAGAAGCUAGAGGGGUGGUGUAGAGAUGCGGGUGAUUUGGAGAGGCAGAAGCAACUAGAUUGUAUCCGCGACCUUAUCCUGGGAAACGAGCAACGGCCAAGGGACGGUCCCCUUCUCCCGAGGUUGAAGGUGUUGGCUGGCAGUUGA